ACAUGAAAGUGCCUCGGACAUUCAUGGUGGCUGUGGUUGUCUCGGGCUUGCAUCAGAGGCUGGAAUCUGGAUGUUCUCGGCAAGGUCGUGGUGGCCCAGUGGAGUCGAACGUGGCGCGUGCCAGGUUUACGAUUGUUCUCUGGAACUGGAAAUUCUUCAGUGAAUGCUCUGCUCCCGGGGACACAGCCAGGCAAGCCUUGCAACAGCAGCAAGAUACUCUCGACUCCCACCGCAGCGACCUAGCAUACUACCUUCCCUUCAGAUUCUCUGGCCGUCUUCAGCUGACACCGUGAAGCCUAGACUACCAAGAUCAUGGCAGGCCAGAAAGCGACUCCAUUAGCGAUCGUGAGACUUCCUGAACCAUGGAAGACCACUUAUGAAGUCCAAGUUGCGCUCGAGAGCGAAGAAUCACAUAUCCUCACCCUGCAGUUGUCGCAAAGUCAGCUCGCUGGUUCGACACUGCCGUCAGAGCCUCUUCACAAUGAUACCCUUUAUUUCAGCAACCUCGUGACAGAAAGCAACAACCCAUCCCCGCAGUCUGAUGACAAUAGCCCUUGGGCGCGAUUUCAUCAGAGCCAGGUAUCCUAUGUCUCGUGGGAUGCAGCUAAGGUCGCGACCGUCGGGCAACUCUGGAACCUGAUCCAUGCCAUUGUCACCAUGUACCCAAGUCUGGAAGGAUUUCGGCUGGCAUUGAAAGGCCCUGGCAGUGAAGUACUCUCGACAACUCUCCAGGCUACCGGGAUAGCCAUUCCACGGCCGCGGCCAUCACGAGCAGAACACAAGGGCCGCGACGAUACGUCCGCCCACGUCUAUGUCUCGCGAUCGGCCUUCUGGCAGGGAGCUGCCUCUCCGUUUGGCUCGCGCCCAGCUUGGGUAGCGGACCCUGGCCUUUUCAGUCAUCUUGCGAGCCCGCUCGAGUCCUUCCCUGCGUUCCCUCUCGAACAUACCGUCACCUUCAGCCUUGAGGGCCGUCCGGUCCAUGCUCAACAUCCCGUUCGUUCCCCCAAACCCACCAGAGGGGCCACCAUCUAUAGUCGUUAUAUGCCACACCUGGAUGAGUUCUUUUCCAUGGUGCAUCUUGACUAUAAAGACGACACCCAUUUGCAAUUGUUCCAUACCUGGCAAAACGACCCUCGUGUCUCCCAGGGAUGGAACGAGACGGGCACUCUGGAGCAGCAUCGAGAAUACUUGCGCAAGAUUGACCAAGACCCCCAUCAGAUGGCUGUCCUGGCUCGAUUCGACGAUGUGUUCUUCGCCUACUUUGAGAUCUACUGGGCAAAGGAGGACCAUAUGGGAGUCUAUCUUUCCCCGGCACCUGGCGAUUACGACCGCGGCCGACAUUCGCUGGUUGGCGAUGCGCGGUAUCGUGGACCCCAUCGCGCCGCAGCGUGGUGGACCAGCCUGAUCCAUUAUUUGUUCCUCGAUGAGCCACGCACCGUGACUGUGGUAGGAGAGCCUAAGGCGACCAACGCCAACGUCCUAGCCUAUGAUGCGGCCAACGGAUUCCACAUUCACAAACUCGCCGACCUACCACACAAACGCUCUGCAAUUGUCCGAUGCGAACGACUGCGUUUCUUCCAGACCCAAGGCUUUGGAGGGACUGCCGCCGAUGUCCAGUUUCCCGCCCGUAAGCAGGGCUCGGACAAAGGACGGAAUCAAUUGCAUGCAAAACUCUGAGAUACAAAGGAUACAAAAUAUAAUAAUUGAACAGUAUCUAUCUAUCCUCUAAUGACACUUUGACAUGUUCACAGACUGUUGUCUAGGGUGCUGGGUAUCGAUUGGCCAGAUUGUCUCUCGUAAUAUUCGUGUGUAAAAAGCGUCUCAUAGACACAAUGGCCAGUUAAAAGGCGCGGCCGUUAAACAUUAGCAUGUCAAUUACACUCAUUUUUUCUGUUCGA